AAUGGGAUCAGUACCUGGUACCAGCUGAUCAUCCUGAAGGAAGCUGCAUCCCUCCAGGAUGGGUCCUUCCAACUCUCCCUACCAGUGACACCUGGGCCACUGCUGUUAGAUAAUUUAAUAAGUCAGUCUGAAGUGAUUGCAAAAUAUCAAGAGCCAAUAUGAGCUGUCUGGAUGACGUACCUUUUAAAAUGUCCAAGAGCUUUGAAGAUGACUCUGCGGAAGGCACCAGCUUAAUCAGUUUAGCCGACGUUGAUAUUCCUGACUGCACUGAGAUCCUAGUGGGCACAAUGCAUGAUUUCUCAUUAGAAAGAAAGGUGCUUUACUGGAUUGAGGCUGCUUCUGGGCAAGAAACUCACUGGUAUGAAGUUACUACUGAUGUUGUGCCAACAGCUCCACCUUGCUGGCUGCUUUUGGUUGAUCCUAAAGAAAACUAUGUCAUCAAUACACAGAACGAGGAGACAACUGGUGGGAAAGCAAAGGAUGGUGUGACGCCCACAACCUCUGUUCGGCGAUGUGUAAGCCUAAGUGCUGCUGAUGUGAAAUAUGGCCCUCCCCCGCCCAGAGGUGCACCAUCUGAGACGGAAAGUGAGGACUGGUACUCUGAAGAGAAUGAGUAUUCUGAGGAUGAUGAGUAUUCCUCAACUACCGGUGAAGAAAGCAACAAAGAAGAAGAAAACAUUUUGGACAGCAAAUUUGUUGAAAGCGCCAGGCCUCAGCAUGCCAGAGUUCACCAGUUUAGGCCAAGGACUUCUCCGGUAUUGCUAGAUCCACCUUCCGAAAACUGCUGCCACAAGCCAGUUACCGCAAAUCUGAUCAAGCAGAGAAGAUCCAUGAUUUUAUUUAAUAAUAUGAAGAAUGAGUUGGAAGAAGCCAAAAAGAAGUUAGCUGCUUUAGUGCAUCCUUUAAAUAGAGCAUCUGUUGAAAGGAAUCUGGCUCCAAGACCGUUUUCUCUUUACCAGCGCUCUCGAAGUAGCAGAAAUCUUAGCUAUGGACCUGCCUCGGAUGUAUCCUUGAUGGGAACUUUAACCCCAACACCUCCACCUACCCCUUGCUGCAGUCCCAGGACACCUGCUGCUGCUAGGUCAAUACCUCCAAUAAGAAACCAUAAACCCACAGUUGCGUCCCUCAGCCCCUAUUCCUGCCUUCCACCCCCUUCUGCGGCUCUGCGACAUCCAAGUUCCCACAGAACUCAUCCAGAUUCAACAGCUGACCUCCUCUCGGCAUUAAGCCAAGAGGAACGUGACCUUAUUGAGCCAGUUAUAGCCUUGGGUUAUCCGAUACGCAGAGCAAUCAUCGCCCUCCAGAAGACGGGAAGACAAAGUUUAGGUCAGUUUCUCAGUUACCUUAGUGCCUGUGACAGGUUGCUGAAACAGGGCUACGAAGAGGGGCAGGUGGAAGAGGCAAUGGAAAUGUUCCAGUACUCGGAGAAGAAGGCAGCUGAAUUCCUGCAUCUUUUAGUGCAAUUUAAGGAUAUGGGUUUCCAGCAAGCCGAAAUCAAAGAGGUUCUUCUGCUUUAUGAGAAUCAUAGAGAUAAGGCACUAGAAGAGCUGAUGACACGAACACAGUGACCAAAUCUCUGUAAGAUGAAAAAUGGCUUAUGCAAGACCUAUGCCCUGCAUGUACAGGAAUUUUCAUGAAAUUUGGAAGAGAACUGAAGGAAUGAUUCUGCUCUGUGUCCAACUGAGGAAAGUGUGGGGAAGAGCACAGAGCCAGAAGGUGGGAAGCAGUGGCUCAAAUAAUCAAGUUUUGCACAGUCUUCAAGAUCUGGAAAAUUUGGAUGUAGGUUUUUUUCUGGUGUAAUUGACAUACAAAGAAUGUAACGGAUCCAAAUCACCACCUUGGGUGUCUCUCUGCCCUUUGCAACGUUACAGGGAGAGUGUUGUCACAUAGAUGAACUCAAGCAUUUGAUUUUCCUUUGAAUUAGUCAUAGAUGUAAUUGCUUGUGAGUACGGGAUAUUUUCUUUUUUUCUUAAAUGUGUCUUUUCCUAUGAAAAUGCCAACUGGCACAACUUAGCAGGGACAGUCCUUAAUUAGUUGCAAAAUAUUUACCGUUUUCCAUUGUGUCCAAUUUAUUUCAGCUGAGUUAAACAAUCUGUCCUUACGUUUCUCCCCCAUGUUCCCAUUUAUAGCUUUAAAUAUUGUUGUUUGGAAAAUGUCCCUCUGUUACUGCUUGAUAUCCGCCCAUCCUCCUUAGGUGUCACUGCAGGGCUGGAACACUGGCUCUUGAAAGAGAGGUGGGUGAUCUCAUGGUUAAGGCACUAGACUUUGACAAGGGGACUUGAGUUCAAUUCCCAACUCUGCUACAGGCUUCCUGUAGGACUUGGUACAAUCUCUUAAUCGCAGUUAUGAAAUGGAGGUAAACUUUUCCCGCUCUUUGUCUGUUUUAAAUAGACUGUAGACUCUUUGGAGCAAAGACUCUCUCUUGUUAUGGCAUGCCAUGGACUGGGUACACGUCUCAGGAAGUCUUGAUUGUCUCGUCUAUGGCUGUGUCACAGAUCCUAAUGAGCGCCCUUGCCUGGCCACACGCUAGGAUUGCUGUGAGGGGAAUCUAAGCCUUUGUCCUCUGGCUCCCCGGAGCCUGACCAGAGCCCAUCCACUGCCCCAGUCUCGAGGUCCCUGGGCGCACUCUCAAGGCACAGACCUUCUAUCUGGCACCCCCUCCAAGGGUUGGAACCUGCUGACCACCCACCUAGCCCCUCUGGGCACGGCACUGGCCCUCCAGACUCCCUGGUACGUAAACACGCGCCUCUCCUGAAGUCCACCCAAAAGGUGCAAAGCUUCUAGGUUACAGGUUAAUUCUCUCAGGGGCUCACAGUAGUUGUGAUGCAGUCAACACACACACAUUGCCCAGUCGAACAUGGUUAUGCUCUUAACAGAUCAAGCACAGGAGAGUACAGAUCAUACAAACCCUCCUAAAUACAGUGUCCCUCAUGGGCUUAACCUUCCCUUGGGGUCUUUGGGAAUCAUCUGUCUUCCAGCAGGCAGGCGAUGUCCUCCACCCUCAUGCCUACCCUGCCCCUCCAGCGGACUACCUCACCAUCAUUUGGGGCAAAAUGGCUCCUUCCCCGGUAUCCUCCGGUGAGUCCCUUUAGUCUCCCACUAGGGUCACCUGCUUUUUUUUGUUCUCCUGGUAACUUUCCAUUACUUCCAAACCCUACUCCCUUCAGACAACCAGAGGAAGCGUCUUGUCCCAGCUGCAGGAACAAAUACACUCAUUGUCCCUGUUUUGAAUAGACGAUUGCAGCUCACUCACCGUUGUCUCUGGCCAGCAGAAACAUAACACCACCCUGCUCAUUCAUGGUGGAGCCACAUACAAAUAGGCUUCCCAUGACACGGUCAUUUCAUAAAAUCGUCCCUCAUUCAGAAGUGGUAGCGACAGAACCCCCAGACUAGACGGGAAUCGCUUUGAUCCCUAAGCUUUCCAUGCUUCCCCUUUGUCUGUAUAUAACUGAAGAGAGCAAUAUGGCUGUCCUACUGGAGAGAUGCUCAAGCUACCGAUAUAUGUUGUAAAUACAAAGCACUGAAACAAACCGAGACAAUCCUGAAACCUUGACUCAUAUGAGUAGUCCCAAUGAGAUCAAAGGGACUACUCCAGUGAGUAACUCUAAAUCUGCAUAUUAACACUUGGUCUCCCAAUCAGAACACAUGCUUUAAAAAAAAUUAGUUUGCCCGGUAAGUUAGUUCUCUGUGUGACAGGAAUUCUGCAUCCGUAUCUGUCACAUACAUACUUUUCCUUUCCUCACUUCCUUGCAGAAAUUUUUCACUUAGUUACACGAACAUUUAUUUUUGAACACAGUCCAUAUAAGGCAAGUCCAUUCUACAGACAGAAUUUUUCAUCCCAUUUAUUGUUGCCAAGAUGAUGUCACUUUAGAAAAAAAAAAAAGUACUUGCAAAAUGUUAACAUCUGAUUAAAGAAACAGUUUAAAAUCUAACUUUGUCUU